UUGUCCUCCCCAGAUCAGCGCUCGCCGUCGCUCGCGACCUUUUGUCCUUUGAGCCAGCUGCCCCACCGUCAUCCGGUGGUCCUCCUCUGCUCCAGCACCUGUCCUCCUGCUCUUUCGCCGCACCUCUCGCAAAGACACCCAGGUCGCUCUGCCACUGAGCAUCCCGCCCCGCUUCUGUCACCUCCCUCUGCUUGAUGAUGGGCAGCCGCAGCAAGCAGCCUCGAGUCCUCGGGCCUGACGACGCCCUGCCCAACCUUUCCUCCGAAGCUUCCUCCCAACCUCAUCCAGAGCACCCGCUCGCCAAGAGCCCUGCCUUCUCAUCGCAAGGCACCCCCGCUGCCUCGCACCCACAGCCUGCGCCUGUGUUUUCCGUGCCUUCUGCCACCCCGGUCCGACCCCGGAACCCCCUCGUGGACCAGCGUCUGGUUUCGUCCGUGCCUGUAAAGCCAUAUCGACCCCCGUCGCCGGCCGGGCAUCGCCAGAGGAGCCAGUCCCUGACCAGCGCCAGGCUCCAGCAUCAUAUUGCCGAGCAUGAAGGCCCCAUCCCACCCCCGUUCGCCCCCUCGGUUGCCAGCUCCUCGACUCAGUCCAAGCGCCGAGCCUUGAUGGCAAAAUCGCGACACCUCAGCUCCGCCGUCACCUAUUCCUUUGGGGAGGUGGACAACUCCCAGCUCCAAACCCUCUAUGAAGGCGUGAUCCGCGACGAUCUGGAUGCGAGAUCGUCUCUGAUUCUGCGCUGCUGCCUCACUCCGGCCGAUGUUCCCUUGCCUGGGCACGACAUUGAAACGCUGCCGACCCUGCUCCAGGAUUUUAUGAAUGACAAGAAUGUCCAUGCCUACUUUCGCGGCAGGAGUCCUCUGACCAAGGACAGCGUCUUUGUCCAACAGAUCCUGCUCGCGUCUCUGAUUUCAUACAUCUUUGACCCUUCCGAUUUCUAUCCCGAAGAGCAUCGCUUUCCGCCCGCUGAGGAAGAUCUUGUCAAGAAGACCAAGUAUAUGGAGAUCGGUCUGCGAAUUGUCGGCGAGCGCUUUGCUCCUAACGGCUUGCCGCUCGAUGCCGCGUGGCUGGUCUUUUAUCGCGAUCUGAAGAUCCAGAUCUUUGUCCACAAGCUGCUCUACGAGUACCGCGACGACGCAACUUUGGCAGAGCGAGGCGUGAUGACCCUGUUCAACCACCGCCUCGAACCCGUCAAUCUGGACUCGGAAGACCUGGAACCCGAGCUCCGCGACACCCUGCGGCUUUACAACAAGACCUUCCAGAACGAGGUGCUCAAUCCCAGCGCCCGAUCAUUCAUCGCCGAUAACCACUCUUAUCGCGAGUUUGUUCGAAAAGGCAUUGACUACCUCAAGAACGUGUAUCGUCACAUUAUUGCCUCGCGAGCAUCGCACCCCGCCUCUGCGAGCCAGAGCCACAGUGCAAAGCAUGCCCUCGCGUUCACGUCUCACACAAGCACCACCGACUCGGGCGCCGCUCCCCGACUCCACGCUGCCGACGGUGCCAACCCUUUCAUGCCGUUGUUUGACGAUGUGGCGUAUUCUCACCGCCAGAACGGCUCCAAGUCUGCAUCUCGAUCUGUGCCGCUGGAUGAACAGAUCGGAGAAGAUCGCUCUCACGACGGACGGCUGAAAGAGCGGCUGAAUCGAGCUGCCGAGCACCGUGAUCGAAACGAUAAACUGAUGAUGGAUCUCAGGGCCGCUCAGAAGGCGUCCGACGACAAUGUCGACGACCCUCUGCCGCGACACAUGGACAUCCUGGAGCGAGCCUUCCCCAAGCAGAUGUCGAUCUCGACCAAGUCGCCAAAGGAUACGGUAUCGAACUCUGCAAAGAGGCCGCUCGAGGAGAAGCCUGUGGUGCGUUUUCAAGAGGCCAUAACCGGGGCAGAGGACGAUGCCGACGACGACUACGAUGACUAUGCCGACGAUUACGACGACGGCGACGAAUAUGCCGACGAAAACAGAGGAGAUGUGGGUAACAACGGCAGCGCCUCCGCUUCAGCUGGCCUAUGCGUCCGACGCCUGCCUCCUUCAUUCGUGAAGCCUGCUGAUGGAUCGUCUACCCAUUCCCAGUUUGGCCAGACGACUUACGCUCUCAAACGCAAGGGCCACGAAGAUGACGCCGACGAGUAUCGCGAGUUUGUCUCCUUCAAGCGUCCCCGCGGCGAGACAUUCCCGGGAGGCGCCGGAGUGCGCCGGCGGCUCAGGCCGCGCAUUCCGUGGUCGAUUGAGGAGACGCAAUGUCUGGAGCAGGCACUUCACGAAUAUGGCGGCUCUUGGGUGCAGAUCCUCCGAGCGUACGGCGAGAACGGAUACACCAGCAACGCCUUGUCGCGACGAUCCAACAUCAAUCUGAAGGACCGGGUCCGGGCCGUGACCCAGCGACUGCUCCGGGAGGGCAAGGACCCUGGUAUCUGGGGCGUGUACUGCUGCGCGAUCAACCCCCCGGACCUGGGCGUUGUCGGCUCAUCCGUCAAGAGGGAGCCUUGAUGCCAGCCCGCUCCCAGCGCAUGUCCUGGCCUUCCGCCCUGGCCGCCGCGCCCUCCACUCCACUCCACUCCACUCCCCACUCCACUCCAUCGAGCCCUUUUGUCCACCACACCGGCUCGCCCGGCUUUUGUUUCUGUGUUGCCCUCGCCCUCGCCCUCGCCCUC